CUCCCAAAAGGAAGAAAACGCAACCAUUUGAAUUCUCUCUCUCUCUCUCUCUCUCUCUCUCUCAACUCCACACCGACCGUCUCUGCUCCCAUUUUUAUAUCACCACAUCUAACAUAUCCACCGUAAAAACCCUAACAAAACCCUAAACCUCAAAUCUCUUACCCUCAAAGAAUGGCCAAAAAGAAAGUGACCCACAACGCAAACCACAAAGACCAGCCUACCCAACAACCUCAACAACAAACCCAACAAUCCAAACCCAUGGAAGACCCUUCUGAGAAGCUUGCCAACUUAAAGUCCCUCAACUCGAUGCUCCUCAGGGAGACAUUUGAGCGCCGGCAACUGGUUGAUACUCUUCAAGAAAGCAACAGGAAUCUUGAAUCAGAGCUGGCUCGGUCUGCGAUGGAGAGGGAACGGUUGAUUGCCGAUAUGGCUUGGGCGAGUGAGGAGUGUGUGGAGUUGGAGGUGGAGAGGGACUUGGUGGGUGUGUUUUUGGCUUCGCAGAUUAAUGGGUUUAGGGAGGGUUUUGAUGGGUUUGUGAAGAAUCAUGUGGACGAGGUUGGGAGGCUAAGGGAGGAGAGAGAUGGGUUAGUGAGAAAAGAAGGGCAAAGAGAGAAGAGAAUGAGUGAUUUGCAGAGAGAAGUGAGGGAGCUAUGUAGAGAGAGGGAAGAAAUUGAGAGGGUGAAGAAAGAAGGCGACGUUGAGAAUCGGUUGCUAAAGAAGAGGGUUGAUGAACUUAUGGGCGAUCUUGAAAGUGAGAGGAAUGUGUUGAGAAGUGUGAGUUUAGAGAAGGAUUCUGCGAAGCAUUUUCUUGAUGUGCAUAUUGAAGAGGCAAAUGGUUUGAGAUUGAAACUGCUUGAAAGGCACAAAAGUGAGACGAAGAUUCGCCAGGAGCUUCUUGACCUCAAAAGGAAAUUUGAAAGACUGACUGAGGAAAAAGAAGGCAAGGAGAGGAUUAUUAAAUCAUUAGGCAGCGAUAAAAGUUCAGUUGAGAAGAGCUUGGCAGAGUCACUGCAGGUGAUUGAGGGUUUGAAGGUGGAAAUUCAGGAAAUUGUUCGGGACAAGAAGCGGAUUGAGGAGGUGAGAGACAAGCUAGAAAUGAGGAUGAGUGAGUUGCGGAAAGAACUGGGUCAACGUAAUGAGGUUAUAGCCCUUUUACGAAAGGAGGAAUUUGGACUGGGUGAAAAAAUUUUAGCUUUGGAGAAGUGCAGUGCUGAAGCAACGGAGAGGGAAAAGUUGUUGGAGAAGAAGAUUAAUGUCUUGGUGGAAGAAAAUGAGGGCAAGCAAAGAAACAUUUGGGCAUUGAUGGAGGAAAAAGAAUUGAUUAUGAGGCAUUUGGAGGAAUCUUUGAAUCAGUUAAAGAAUCAGAAGCUGAGGUUGGAGGUGAUUGUGCAAGAAAAGAGUGAGAUCAAGGAGGUGAAAAGUCAGCUGGAGGGUAACAAUAUUGAACUGCUGAGAAAGCUAGAUGAUCUGAAAAAUACUGUAUCGGUCUUGCAAGAUUUACAUACAGAUCGAGAAAAUUUAAUCAGCCGACUCAGCAAAGAAGUUGAAUGUUUUAAAAAUGCUGCUGAUCAAGUGGUGCUCGAGAAAGAUGAUGCUCUGAAGAGUUUAGAUGAAGAGAAAAGGAAUGGGAUGGUUCUGAAUUCCCAAGUUUUAGAAUUGAAGAAGCAUAUUGAAGAAACACUCAAGAAGCUACAGCAGAUGAAAGACAGACACGGUAAAGAAAAGAAAAAGUUGGAAGGCUGCAAUGAGAAGUUGAUUAAGGAAAAGAAUGGAGUAGAGAAAAACCUUGUUGAGGCACGAAAACAAAUUGAUGAUAUGAGGAUCAAAAUGGAAUCUGCGGGCAUUAAUGCUGAACGAUCCUUAACCAUGUUGAAGAACACAGCAGCAGUUUUGUGCCAGACUAAAGAUGAGGAGGAUGGAAAGAAAGUCAGCUUUGUUGAUGAAAAGAAGAUUGAAGAAGAAAUCCAACCAUAUUUAGCAGAGUUGGAAGCAAUUAAGAAAGUUUUCAAGAACAGAGUGGCUAAAGCAGAGGAGAUGAAGCGACAACUCAAGCUUCUGCAGAACUCUGAGGCAAAUGCACGCAAGCAGAAGAAUUUCUGGACUUUAUUGUCAUCUGUAACUACAAUUUUUGCUGCAGCAUCUGUUGCAUAUGUCGUUAAAGGAAGCUAAUUAAUGCGUUUUUAGAUCAUUUGUGGGUUCUUAGACUUGUAUUGUCUGAUUAUCUAGUCUCUUACCUGCAAAAGAAGUGUACUGUUUGAAUUGCUUUUUUAGCUCUAGCCGAUGGAAGCAUAUAGUGUCACAACUUACUGUAUGUUUCUGACUGCUUUUUUAUUUCAAAGAAUGGGCAUUAUAUUUCAGUCUUUGCUAACUUUA